UGCAGGAGGCUUGGGAACCUGCAGGGGCCAUUCCCUGUUGCUGGGAAAUGUGGCUAUUGAAACCACAACAGCGUCAGUGGCAAACACAGCCCGUUCCCUGGGCUCUCCAGGAGCUCCCACCACUGCCUGCAGGAAGACACCCGGCACGAGCAGCCCCCCAGCACAGGCCUGAGCCCCCACUAAAGGAGAGCAGCUCUGGGAGAGGAAGGCCAUGUUCGUCACGGUGAGAUACGGAGCCAACUGCCAAGUGAUGGUGAACCUGCAGUGCUGUGUCCUGGUCCUCACCACCCAUCUGAAGAGGAAGUGUCAGUGCAGGCCUGAAGGCUCAUGCUGGCCACACAGGGGCACACUGGGUUUCCUUCACCACAUGUCUCUCCCUCCAGACUGCAUCGAUCUUCUGGACGAAACAGGCACUCUGAUGAACCUGAGCAAAGUGGAAAACCCUGCAUCUGAAUACACCAGUAAAUACCUCCGGGAAAGGGAGCACUACAUCCUCAUCAGAGUCAUCCGAGACAAAAAUUCCGAAGCCACAUCCUAUGAAUCCUUGCUAGAGGACCUGGGGAAACACUACCCUGACCUAACAGAUCGGCUGCAGCAGCUCUCGGCAAAGACCCAGAGGAGAGACCAGUGGAGGAAGGGAUCCUUGCAGAGGAGGGCUCAGCCCCACACUGGUACCCAGUUAAAGAACAGAACCACCUCAAAGAAGAAGAGGGGUUCAGAGUUCAAGAAGAUCCCUAAAUGAGGAACAGACCCAUUCCUGGUCACACAGCAC